AUGACAUCAACUAAAAUUUCUGAUAUAUCAUGGUAUCAUGAUUUUCCACCAUUUUUUACUCUUCAAUCAAAUCUAGAUACGCGUCGUAAACAAAUUGAUGCUUGGUGUUCACUUAUAGUAGAUUAUUGUCGUUUGAAAAAGAUUUGUACAUUUGAUGUAAAUGAUGCUAGUAAAUUUCCACCAUUUUUUAAUGCAAAAAUUCAUCGUCAAUUAGAUAAUAAUUUUAUUCAUAUUUUACUUGAAGAAUUACGUAUUCGAGGUCAUAUUGAAUGGGAAGAUAAAAAUAAACGACGUUGUUUAAUCUUUUGGAAAUCACCUGAAGAAUGGGCUAAAACAUUUUAUCAAUGGAUAACAUCACGAGGUAUGAAUGGAACUGUUUGUACAUUCUAUGAAUUAUUACAUAGUGAUGAUACACGUUCAGCUGAAUUUCAUAAUAUUGAUUCGAAACUUUUUCGUCGUAUUCUAAAUGAACUUGAAAAACGUGAUCAAGCUAUUAUAUUUUCUGAAAAUGGUGCUGAUGGUAUGGUUGACGAAGUAACAAAAAAGACUUUAUCAAAUAUUCCAUUAUUAAAAACUAAAGCAAGUCCACGUGAUGGUGAACAAUGGCGACAAAGACUGAAAGAAGAACUUCAAGCAUUAAUACAAUAUGUUAAAAAUAACAAGGAUGCUGAUAAUGACUGGUUUCGUCUUGAAUCAAAUCAAGAAGGAACUCGUUGGUGGGGAAAAGCAUGGACAAUUCAAGAUAUGUUACGUUAUGAAUUUGAUAUUGAAUUUGAUAUACCUGUUACAUAUCCAAUGACAGCACCUGAAAUUGCAAUACCAGAUCUUGAUGGAAAAACGGCAAAAAUGUAUCGUGGAGGAAAAAUUUGUAUGACUGAUCAUUUUCAACCAUUAUGGGCUCGAAAUGUACCACGUUUUGGUAUUGCACAUGCACUAGCCCUUGGUCUUGGUCCUUGGUUGGCUGUUGAAAUACCAGAUUUAAUUGCUCGUGGUGUUGUCGUACAUAAAGAACGAGAAACAGCUAGUGUAUAUCAGAUAAAUUUUAUUCGUUUUAUAUGUUUACGUACUCAAUAUUUAAUUAUUAUGUUUAAAAAAUGUCAAAUACGAGGUUUUCGUGCUAUAAUAUUUUUUCUUAUAUUAAUAUUCUUGUUUUUGUAUACGGUUGAUAAUAAUCAAAAUCAAUCUAGUAAAGUUUUUUCUACUGAUAUUUUUUAUAUAAAUACAACUAUUUCCAUACCUAUUCAAAAAUUUAAACAUCAAUCUUAUCGUCUUGUACUUCUUUGGACUAGUCUAUUUACUGAUUAUUAUUGGCAUCAGGAAUCAUUGUUUAAUUUAUCUAGAAUUAUUUCUUGUUCACCGAUACAUCAAUGUCAAUUUACACGUGAUAAAAGUAAAUUAUCUCAAGCAUCCCUCGUUGCAUUGCAUCUAUAUGAUAUAAAUAGAAAUGAACUACCGCAAAGAAAACAAUUACAAACUGAUAAUCAAAAUUGGAUAUUUAUUACAGGUGAAAGUCCAAUUAAUUUUUAUUAUCAAAAUCCAUCAUUUUAUCCACAAAUAUUAGAUCAAUAUUUCGAUAGAGCAAUAUCAUAUAAAUAUGAAUCACCAUUUACAAUAUUUACACCAAUAGUAGAAUCUCGAAUAUUAUCUAAUGAAAUAAAAUCAAAUUUAUCAUUAUCAUAUACACAUGAAAUACAAUAUGAACGACAAUUGAAUAUUAAAAGUUUAAAAUUAAAAAAAAAACCUAUUGCAUGGAUUGUAUCUAAUUGUAUAACAUUUUCACAACGUGAAAAAUAUGUUGAAAAAUUAAAAAAUUUUAUUCAUAUUGAUAUUUAUGGUAAAUGUGGUAAAUUAUGUUCAAAAGAAAAUAAACAUCAAUGUGAUAUUAAUCUUCAUGAAUAUUAUUUUUAUUUAGCAUUUGAAAAUUCUCGUUGUAAUUCAUAUAUAACAGAAAAAUUUUGGAAUAUUAUUUCUGAUAAUACACAUCGUCUUGUACCAAUUGUUAUGGGUGCAAAUGAAAAUGAUUAUAAACGUAUAGCACCUAAACAAUCUCAUAUUCAUGUUAAUAAUUAUAAAACACCUGAAGAUCUUGCUAAAUAUCUUAAUUAUCUUAUUAAUAAUCCUGAAAAAUAUCUUGAAUAUCUUCAAUGGCGAGAAUAUACAAAAAUUGAAUUAAGAAUUCCUGAAACAUGGAUGAGUCUUUUAUGUCCUUUAUGUCAAAUGGCAUAUGAAACUCCAUUAUCGAUAUAUGAACGACUUAAUUUUUCAUCAUGGUACAAUCCAAAAAUUGAAUGUCAUCAUAGUGAUGUAAAAGUAUUUACACAAUGUAAACAAACAAAUUUAAAUGUUUGGAUGAGUUGGAUACAUAAUAUUAAAUGUCCAUAG